ACAGCAUUGCUCAGCCGAACGACGACGACAACAACAAGGAAAGGGAUGUUGGGCGGAUAAUGAGCCUUGUCAGUGAACCGAGCUUGCGACAAUGUCUGCGCUACCCAACGGUACAACCCUUCGCAGAGGAAGCGACGCUAUCCCGACGAAAGGCUCCCAGAUCUUGGUGUCCCCCCUCGCCGAUGCAUCCGACGUCGCAACCCUCCACGACGCCCUAACCAGCUUAUACGGGCGCGAAAAUGAUUUAACAACCCGCCUCGAUGCUUUAGUAUCGUCACAAACUGACCUAAAUCGCGAUUUGGGCCGAUUGGAUCUCUUGCGAGCUGGAUUGAGUGCUCAAAUCGUUGCCACGCGCUCUGUCAGUAACGACAUGCUGUCUUCGGCAGCGAAUACGGCUGGUGACUUAAGCAGCAAGGUGAAGUGGCUGGAUUUGGAAAAGAUUCGAGUAGAUGAUACCCUGGGUGUCGUCGAACAGGUUGCGGAACUAAAGGCUUGCAUCAAUGGCGUUGUUGGCUCCAUGGGCGCACCUCAAGACUGGGAGGCGGCGGCUAGCUACCUGGCUCGAUCAAGCAACAUUCCGGAAGAUAUCAUAAAAGGCGCCUUCGCUGCUAGCAUUGUGCCCAGUGUUGAGGUGCCUGAUGCGCCAUGGGUCACAUUGGAGAACGCCAAGGAAAGCUUGUGCGCAUUGUUUCUCCGUGAAUUUGAAAAGGCAGCGGCAGACGCUGAUGGCUUCAAGAUAACACGCUUCUUUAAGCUUUUUCCCCUCAUUGGAAGAGCCGACACAGGUCUUGAUGUGUACGGACGAUACGUAUGUCAAGGCGUUGCUGGCAUGGCCCGCAGCGCCCUUAAAGAAGGUGCUGGCGGGCAAACGCGACAAAAUGGGUUCUUUUAUGCCAAUGCAUUGAUUUCCCUGUUUGAAAAUAUCGCCAGGAUUGUCGACAGUCAUGGUGGCCUCGUUGAAAGGCACUAUGGCGCCGGCAAAAUGGUACGCGUGAUUGAGCGAAUACAGAUGGAAGCCGACGUGCAGGGCGGCAUUAUCAUCGAUACCUGGACAGAUGAACGCCGCAUAGAGCGAACUAUGACAGAUGUCAAGAGUUAUCCAUUUUCAUUCUUAGUUCAAAGCUUUCUCCCGCAGCCCUCAAGAGCAGGCACCCCCCGAAUCAACUCUCCAGCGGUGGGCGGAGUGGCUAGCUCGAGACAAAGCGAAGAUGAAGGCGUUGAUAUGAAGGAGGUCGAUGGCCGCCUUAGCGAGAUUGCUGUCAUGUUAGGGCGUUGGUCAUUCUACACGCGAUUCGUAUCGGCUAAAUGCAUGGAUCCCAAUCAGCCGGAUUCGCCUCUAGUUUUAGCUGAUGCUAUGACCAAAUCUAAUCUGUACAAAAAGAUAGGGAGCAAGCUAACCACGCCUUAUAACACGAUGAUGACCUUCUUCUUCCGCCGCUCGAUUGAAAAGGCGUUUCAGCUAGAUGAAUACCCGAGUGGCCUUACACUGAACCUUAACAGACAGGUUGAAGGCAAUACUCCUUACAUCAUUUCUGCCGUUGAUGAUGCCAUGUACAUUGUCAACGCGGUGAUCGAAAAAUCAGUUUCAACAGCACAGAGAACUAUUCUGAGCUCUACAAUAUCAUCCGUAGAUCGCGUGCUCUCGGGUGACUUCAUUGGCAUGAUUCAACGAAAAAUGCGGGACGAAUCAUAUCCAAAACCGACCGUGCAAGGAGGAUUUCCACCGGAAGACAAGAUCAUACAGUUCAUGGUCUUGAUCAACAGCUUGGAAAUGGCGAACCAGUAUCUAUCGAGAAUCAUUAGCACCAGAAUCAUUGCUCCCCCGUCCGACUCAAACGGCGCUCAGCCGACCGAGGAGCUGCAGAAGCUUUUUUGUUUUGAAAAGGACGCUUCUUCUGUUGCCAUUGAACUGCAUGCUUUACAAUCAAAAUUUGUUAGCAAAUCUACAGAGCUGUUGAAUGAAGGAGUGCAUCGCUUGUUCAUUGAGGUCGUUCGGACCCGAUUGCGUCUUAUCCUGAACGACACAUUUCGUGAUGCAGACUAUUCAUGGACGGAAGAAGAGGUCUUAGAAUAUGCCCAACAAAACGGGGAAGAGGAAGGAGAUAUACUUGAAACGGUCACCCGGAGAUUUGAAUCAGGCUGGGACAGGCUCAUGAAACCCAUCGCGCGCUUGAUGACUCCAACGACCUUCAGCAGCCUCCUUGACCAGACAGCCAGCUACUUGUCUAAGAUACUGGAGAAGAGGAUUUUAAGCUCCAGCGGAAAGACGAGUGCCUAUGGAGCAAUCCGCAUUGAGCGUGAUUUCACUGGAAUUGUAGACACUGUCGCAAGAGGGGACUACAGGGUCCGAGAGGUGUUCAACAAGGUCACCCAAGUCAUGAUGGUUGCCAACAUGGAGGACGAGGAGUGGGAUGAGAUCAUCGCGCUCGGCGACGAUGAUGGCAUCGAAUGGGUAAUUACCGAUGAGGAACGAAAAAAGGCCAGAGGUUUGGUUAAACAAUAGAAUCUAAAUACAAUACUUUGUACACGGAAGAGAAACCCCGCUUUGUUAGAGAUCAGUAUUGUAGGGUAACGAUAAUGUCUGUUCGAAACCAAAUAAGGAUCGAAAAAAAGGGCUUAUAUUUCCAAAUUGUAAUAAGACACGCUUGCAUUUAAAUCUAAUUUAGAUGUUCAAUCUAUACGCUACGUGGCUAAGACAGCCGCUCCC